ACAGACUGACAUUAGGAGACACAAAUCACACAUUUCCUCUGUUCGGUGCAACCCGUAGGUGGCGCUAUUCACUUUGUUUUGUCAAAGAAAAGGAACUGAAGCUCCUGAUUGACGGCUUGCCAUCCAGUAGCCUACAUGAAGCGGAAGGUUUCCACCAAUCACGUGGCUCUUGUCUCCUCGACGAGCGUGCAGUUUGAGGAUGGCGUAUUAAUGAAGGAUUACAUGACGAUGAUGAUGCAUAUGGUCGUGCUGUGUUUCACGCUGGCGAUUUCAUUAAUGUUCUGGGUCCUGUCCCUGACUGCCAGCACAUACUACGGCACUCUGCAGCCAGUUUCCCCAUGGCGGUGGCUGUUCUCAGUGCUGAUCCCACUCUUCAUCACGUUUCGAGCCUUUAAACGCAAGAGUCUUGAUCAUGGCGGUGCCAUAGGAG